CCCCAGUGUAAACAAGCCACAAGUCGGAGUGGUGAGGAGAGUGAGAGAACUUUUAUUACCAAGUAGACAGAUAAUAACAGCUGCCUUCUUCACAACACAAUGGGGGAUGAAGAGAUAAUUAGGCGUCGGUUGAUGAUUGAUGGAGAUGGGACAGGUGAUGCUCGAGUGAUGAUGAUGUACAUGAAACACUUCAUUAAAUGGUGUUCAACAGAGGAGUCUCCCCAGGAAAGCCAGAACCAGUACGAUCGACUCCUCACGCAGCUGGCGGCCAUAGAGCACUCGUCCCUCAGGUGGAAGUCAAUUGUUGACAUGAACCAGGAAGAAAUACAACACUACGAGCUGCUCAGGGAUGAGACCAGCACCAAUGUAAAGGAAGCUUGCAUUGCUAUUGGCUCGGCAAAGCAAGAACUGGAGGAAGCUCGGCAAGUGCGGCGGAACAGGUUAGAAUACGAUGCACUGGCGAGGCUGAUUAAGGAACACCCCCCUCGCUCCGACACGGCUAAUAAGUUGGCUCAUCUGACACAGCAGCUACAUUCUCUUAAGUCUAAGAGAGAUCAGCUGGAGGAGAAGCUAACUCUACGACGCAAACAGCUGCAUGUUCUGGUUACGUCGCUACACGAACUCAAGCAAGCGUUACUCCACGAUAAUUCUCCUUCACGUGAUGAUGAGCCGUGUGUUAUUGAUGAAAUUAUUGACCUGACAGCUGCCCCUGUUGCUGUAGAUUUAACAAGUACAUCAAUGGACACAUCUUAGGUAAACAUAGGAACACAGUGUAUAUGUUUGAGACAAAGGAAGUGUAUUUUACCUGUAAUUUAGUCAUUUUCAACUCUUUAGACCAAAGUGAAAUCUGUUUUGUCUACUUUGUUGUUUUGACAAGAGUGAAAUAUUUAAUUGAUAGCAUUAACCCCAUAUGUACGGAUUCUUCUCCGAGUUGAAUAAAAUAAUCUGGCAUUCGAUAAAUAAAAUAUUACAAGUGGUCCCCCCCCCCCCAGAAGUGAAGGGAUUAAUAUAUCAGAUACUGUACAGGUGCAGUAAAUGGUAUCCCAUAAUAUGGUCUUUGAAUAACCAUUUUUUUAUAUUUCCCAAACAUAAUUAACCAGUACUGUAGGUUAACUAAAAAAAAAUAAAAAAAUUGUAACUUACAGCCAGAGUACAAAUACCUGUACAGGUAAACCCCAUUUAAUCCCUUCUCUUCGGUACACCUUUUUUAACAUUUUAUUUGGCAUAAAUUUGGCUAAUGCCAGAUGAUUUUAUUCAGCAGACAGAGAUCCCUCCUAACCCAUUACAGUAGUUAGGGUACAGUAACUUUGCUGAAUGUACAGUAGUCUCACUAACAUACUGUAGUUGACAAAUUAUAGUUUUACUGUUUUUUUUUCUGUAUACUGUAUUAAACAUUACCUCACUAUAUUGUACUUGGAAAAUAUGCAGUACAGUACAGUAUAUAUUUUUUCAACCAAACUUGACACAACGUAGAUACAGUACGCCCCAAGAAUUAACUACUUACUGUGCACUCAUUACAUAGGUAUGUCUUUACAUCAAUUUGCUGUGCAUUUCACUAUUAUGUAGCUUCAUUAUUUCAUCCUUUACAUCUGGUAUUUUUUUGACACAACUUUGCUUCACAAAACUGGGAGGACAGAGGUGGAUGUCUGAUGACUCUCUUGGGAGAUCCGAGACUGACUUUGUUUUGUCUCCUCCAGUGAUCUACUGUUAAUUUUAAUUUAAUUUGAUAUAUUUUGUACAUACAGUACUGUACAAAUAAAUACCGAAUAUAUACAAAAUUUUAUAUUGAUUCACUUUGUAUAUUCUUUUUUGGAUAAUGUUAAUAGAGCUAAAAAUGCCUGUUAUGAUAAUACUGUACCUGCAUAUGAGAGGCAAAAGGUACCUCACAUAAUUUUCACGGUAACAUGUUCUGUACUACAUUAUGUGCACCUGUAAUGUUGCAGUUAUUUUAUAAUUAAUGUACAGUACCGUGAGUAUGAAGAUUUCCAUUAAAAAUGUUUAAAUUUA